UCGCGUUUUGUAACUUCAUGUGAUUUUUCCCAAAGCUUGAACUGCAAAAAGUAGUAAGCUUAUGGAUUCUGUAUGAAAAGUUUUAGAUACUAACUUACAAUUUUCAUUAAUCAUUUUGUCAUGCUACGAUAGAUGUUAAAAUUAUGAUUGUAGUUUAAAAAAUAAAACCUAUGUAACCACUUUCAUGUUAUAAAACUGCGAAGCUUUCCAGAAGGUUUUUAUUCAGUAUUGAUUCAUACUGAUAAAGUUAUUUAGCACUCAAAAAUUACCGUCCUCUCUGUAACAGAGGGUGCAACAGUAUAGGGCUCCGAUUGAUUACAAAGAGGUUGUAUAUCACCAGUUCGCAAGUUUGAAGUUUUGCUUCAUGGUUAGACAUACUACAAAUUACAUCACCAUACCUUACAACCACGGGCGUGCCCUAACAAUACACCAACAACUGGUUUCUUUCCAUACAAUCCCAUUCAUAGUGCGCCUACUACAAUAUCUUCGUCCGCCUCUCUCCGCUUCCGAAGCUUGUUUAAUUUAUACAGUUUCAAGUUCAUUGCGCACUCAUUGUCAUAUUUCGGCAGGCCGGUAUAUAAGGCCCGGUGGAACAGCAUUUCGUUAGAUAACUUCGACACUUCAGUCGGCAAUCAUCUACCUUCGAAAAACAACAAUUUUAAAACCUUCAAUAACCAUGCAGACCAUUGUCGCUUUCACCGCCCUCCUGGCUUGCGCCGCCGCCGCCCCCGGCCUCCUGGUUGCCCACCAGCCCGCCGUCGUGGCCGUGCACACCCCGGUCGUUCACGCUGUCCCAGUAGUGGGCUCCAAGACCACCAUCACCAAGUCUAGCCAGGUCGUGAACCAUGGCUCCCCCGUGCACGCCGUACACGCCGUCCACACCCCGGUGGUUGCUGCUUCCCCUGUGGUUGUUAAGACCGUUCACGCCGCUCCCGUGGUCCACGCCGUGCACGCCGCCCCCGUGGUGCACACCGUCCACGCCGCCCCCGUCGUACACGCCGUCCACGCCGCCCCCGUCGUUCACGCCGCUCCCCUCAUCGUGAAGACCGCUCCCACCGCCGUGACCCACUCCUCCAGCUCCGUCGUCCACCACGGUCAUGUCGUCAAGUCCGUCCCCCUCAUCGCUGUCCACCACUAAUUUAUAUCCUUCUAUGAAGGGUUAAUUUAAUAAAUUCUUAUUUUUUUACAAA